AUGGAUCAGUUAAAUGUCAAAGAACAACAGGAGUUUCAGCAAAUCGUGGAACAAAAGCAGAUGAAGGAUUUCAUGCGUUUGUACUCCAAUUUGGUUUCCAAGUGCUUUGACGACUGUGUCAACGAUUUCACAUCGGCCAACUUGACCACCAAAGAAAGCAGUUGUAUCAUGAAAUGUUCCGAGAAGUUCUUGAAGCACAGCGAGAGAGUGGGUCAAAGAUUCCAGGAGCAAAAGUAA